AUAGUUUCUGUAAUAGAUCGUAUUCUGGAACUGAUCCGCCUUGACAGUGUUCAGUACUUCUAUUCAACAGGAUGUUGUUCAAUAUCUUCACAUUGGGAGCUUCCAUACUCGUGGCCUCAGCUACAGCAAGCGAGUUCUUCUGCGGAGUGAACACUAAAGGAGGAUGCUGUGCUCAGUUUUUCACAAACACCUUUGAUCAAUACGCUUCUGGGGUCGGAUGUGAGUUUGCAAUUUCAAUAAUACCAUCAACAUCGACAGUUGGUGACACUGAAUGGAGCUGCAAUGAUGGACUCAACCCAGGAUGCUGUAGUCUGGACGGAGUGGAUAGACCACCAAGUCCUUGGUGGUGCGACUUGAGACUUCACGCAAAAGACGGCUCCAUCCCAAUGUCACCCACAGCUUCUAGCUCUACAACUCGGUCCAGCUCAACUACUUCAUCAAAAAUUUCAACCUCGACGACCAUCUCAACAACGAAGAAAUGUACCUCGACAAGAAGAUGGUAGGAACCAGUUGCAUGGGCAAAGGGGAGUCAAAGUCAACCUCAGAAGCAAAUAUUUAAUCUCUUGAAGUGUUAUCAUGAAUAAAUUACUAUUUGGGCAUGAAUUCAAGCAUUGCACGAGCUUGGC